AUGGCAGAGGAGGCAGACACCAACAUCGAGAUUUGGAAGAUCAAGAAACUAAUCAAGGGACUCGAAUCAGCAAGAGGUAAUGGAACGAGUAUGAUCUCUCUUAUUAUGCCUCCUCGUGAUCAGGUAUCUCGUGUCACGAAGAUGCUUGGUGAUGAAUAUGGAACUGCUUCAAACAUCAAGAGUCGUGUCAAUCGUCAAUCUGUCUUGUCUGCUAUUACUUCUGCUCAACAGAGGUUAAAGCUCUACAACAAGGUCCCUACUAAUGGGCUUGUUCUCUAUACCGGCACUAUUGUUAAUGAUGAUGGGAAAGAGAAGAAAGUUACGUUUGAUUUCGAGCCUUUUAGGCCAAUUAACGCUUCCUUGUACCUCUGUGACAAUAAGUUCCAUACCGAGGCAUUGAACGAGCUUCUAGAGUCUGACGACAAGUUUGGUUUCAUUGUCAUGGAUGGUAAUGGGACUCUGUUUGGAACUUUGAGUGGGAAUACUAGAGAGGUUCUUCACAAGUUUACUGUUGAUCUCCCGAAGAAGCACGGAAGAGGAGGGCAAUCUGCGCUUCGUUUUGCUCGUCUUAGGAUGGAGAAGAGACACAACUAUGUCAGGAAAACCGCAGAGCUUGCUACACAGUUUUACAUCAACCCAGCUACGAGUCAGCCCAAUGUCGCUGGUCUGAUUCUUGCUGGUUCAGCUGAUUUCAAGACUGAGCUCAGUCAGUCAGAGCUGUUUGAUCCUCGUCUUCAAGCCAAGAUAUUGAAUGUAGUGGAUGUUUCUUAUGGUGGGGAAAACGGAUUCAACCAAGCUAUCGAGCUUUCUGCUGAGAUUCUGUCUAACGUGAAGUUCAUACAGGAGAAGAAACUGAUUGGGAAGUACUUUGAGGAGAUAAGUCAAGAUACCGGGAAAUAUGUUUUCGGUGUGGACGAUACUCUAAAGGCUCUAGAAAUGGGUGCUAUCGAAACCCUUAUCGUGUGGGAGAAUCUGGAUAUAAACAGGUACGAGCUAAAGAACAGCACGAGUGGUGAAAUAGUUGUGAAACACUUUGGGAAAGAUCAAGAGACUGAUCAAAGCAACUUCCAUGAUUCAGAGACUAACGCGGAGCUAGAAGUCCAGGACAAGAUGCCGCUGCUCGAAUGGUUUGCAAACGAGUACAAACGUUUUGGCUGUACUCUUGAAUUUGUUACUAACAAAUCCCAAGAAGGGUCACAGUUUUGCAGAGGUUUCGGUGGGAUUGGUGGUAUGCUUCGUUACCAGCUCGACAUGAGGACAUUUGAUGAGUUAUCUGAUGGUGAAGUUUAUGAAGAUGAUGAUUAG